UAAAGGAGUACGUGCAUGGUAAAUGUCAGUAAUGCAUUAGAAACGAAAGAUAUGUUGGCCAAAUUUUUUGAUUGAAUAUUUGUCAUCUCGGGAUACCAAAGAUAGUUAGUUAUUCGGUUCGUUUGCAAGUGGAAGAAGCAGUAAAAUUGAAAAAAGACAUGUAUCGGUUUCAACACGUUUUAUUGCUUACACUGGCUGCAUUAGCUCAUAAUUCGUAUGGUCAGACUCAGAUUGUAAAAAAUUUGUGCUCGACGGCUAUUGAAUCUUGGAACCUAAGAAGAUCCAGGUAUACUCAUCAAAUUGAUAAUCUCAUUACCAAUGAUUGUAAAUCAGAGUACAGUGUAAUUAAAUUCAAACUUGUCAACAUUAAAUUGAAAAACAACACUGAUUGCAUAGGAUCUCUAACAAUUACUGCCGGCCCAGUGAACAAACAACUUUGUAGGUUCCAAACAAACGACUGUUUCUUUUUUGCUACAAGAGAAGUACCUCAUGAAUCCAUCACCGCGGAAUGUAAUAAUACAUAUUCUCACAUCAUUGCAAAUGAUAUUUUCCCGAUGAAUUUGACAUAUAGGACCACGCAUGGUUCUCCUUAUCAAUUCCAAGAAUUUAGAAUCAAAUGGAUGUACGCCAUGAUAAACAGUACAGACCAUCAACAAACUACAGAAAGAAAUAUUAUUCCGACCACAUCUAUCUAUCACGUCAAUAAUCAACAAACAACAGAAAGGAACAGUGUUCCCACCACAUCUAACUAUCAAACAAAAUAUUCAGAGAAUGGAAAGACUGCAACAAAACCUGGUGAUUUGAUAAACAAUACACAAAAAGACAUAACCUCAAUUCCGAUGUCGACAAAAAUAGAAGAUUUAAAAACACCCAACGGUUAUGAUGAAAACUGCAAUAAAAAGGAUAAUCCAACUUUGAUAAUUAUUCUGGCAGUCUUGCUUGGAUUAGCAGUACUUCUUAUCAUCAUCUUAACAUUGAGCUUUCGUCGCAAAUGGGCAUACUAUCGUCAGCUAGUAUCUACAAAUUCAAAGAUUCCCCCGAAACCGGAACAGCGGCAUGAGAACGAAAUGCGACAAGAAAACGAAGUGCAGCAAGAGAACGAAGAGACACAAGAAGCAAACAACCCGCAAAAUAUCGAAGCUAUGUAUAGCGUCGUCAACAAAAACGCAAAAACUUCAAAAAACGUUGAGUCCGAAAGAGAAAUGGUAGACAACGUGCUUUAUAACAUGUAGAUGCAUUCAUUUCUCAAAACACUAAUAUUUGAUAAUAAUUCUUCGGACAACACGAAACGUGCUUUUUAUAUGACAGCAUUUUUUUUUUCGAUUAUGGUAAUGCCGAAGAAUUUUCAAAUUUCAUUUGAAAGCUAUUUUCUUUAUUCUAUUAUUUCACUUUUGUUAAAGCAAAUUUUGUACAUCAAGCUAGGCUUUAUUUUUAUUUAUCAUAUAUGUGUGUAGUGACGUAGAUAUAAAUCUUCCCGUGCGUGAGGAAUUGCUCUCAUUCGCAGCUUUUAAAUAUUUCCUCUUUAAUAAAAAAUUAAUAUUUAAGGAAUUAUUCCAAUUUUUAGAAUAGAUCUGAUACAAUCAUUUAUUGACAGGUAGAAAUGACGCAAAAUGUAACGUGGGAAUACGUCUUAAUCACACGGUCUAGUGAAAUAAAACGAAUCACGAAAUUUGCCUACAUUGAAUGAUUCAUCACAUACAUCUUAUAAAAAAUGCUCGAAUUUAAACUAGUUGUACAUAAAAUGCCUUGUUUUUGUGAUUUUAUUUUUUAUUUACGCACAGGUAAUGGUGUAGCCCUUUGUUGUACUGCUUACCUUGUUACAUUAGUAAUAUCUUUAACAUUGCUCUAUCAUACCAAAGCCACACCAAACUUUAUUCAAUUUGGAAACACUUUUGGUAUAAAAUAGUCAAAAUGCACAUUAGCAACAUUGGUUUGUUGCAUGAUGGUUUAA